GCUGUCGCCCCGGCCAGGCCGAGCGCAGCAGGCGCCACGCGCAGAGCACACGCUCGCGCUCCAGCUCUCCAACUCCGCCGUUCAUGACCGUGACCCCCGGCCGCAGGCUCCGCCAGCCCCUGCUGCAGGCUCUCUUGCCGUACCCCGCCGCCGCCAGGGUCCCCCCUCGCCCCAAGCGCUUUGAAGCCUGCCCGCGCCCACUGCCCGCUGCCCGCUAGCGGCUGCCUGGCUCAGCUGGCACCAUGCUGUCCGCGCGCGUCCGCCUGCUCACGCCCCACUUGCUGCUCGUGUUGGUGCAGCUGUCCCCGGCCGGCGGCCACCGCACCACCGGCCCCAGGUUUCUCAUAAGUGACCGUGAUCCUCAAUGCAACCUCCACUGCUCCAGGACUCAACCCAAACCCAUCUGUGCCUCUGAUGGCAGGUCCUAUGAGUCCAUGUGUGAGUACCAGAGGGCCAAGUGUCGGGACCCAGCCCUGGGCGUGGUCCAUCGAGGGAGAUGCAAAGAUGCUGGCCAGAGCAAGUGUCGCCUGGAGAGGGCUCAGGCCUUGGAACAGGCCAAGAAGCCUCAGGAGGCUGUGUUUGUCCCAGAGUGUGGUGAGGACGGCUCCUUUACGCAGGUGCAGUGCCACACUUACACGGGGUACUGCUGGUGUGUCACCCCGGACGGGAAGCCCAUCAGUGGUUCUUCUGUGCAGAAUAAAACUCCUGUAUGUUCAGGUCCAGUCACCGACAAGCCCUUGAGCCAGGGCAAUUCAGGAAGAAAAGUCUCUUUUCGUUUCUUUUUAACUCUCAAUUCAGAUGAUGGCUCUAAGCCCACACCCACGAUGGAGACCCAGCCUGUAUUCGACGGCGAUGAAAUCACAGCUCCCACCCUAUGGAUUAAGCACUUGGUAAUCAAAGACUCCAAAUUGAAUAACACCAAUGUAAGAAAUUCAGAGAAAGUUCACUCUUGUGACCAGGAGAGGCAGAGUGCCCUGGAAGAGGCCCGGCAGAAUCCCCGUGAGGGCAUUGUGAUCCCAGAGUGCGCCCCUGGUGGGCUUUAUAAACCGGUGCAAUGCCACCAGUCCACGGGCUACUGCUGGUGUGUCCUAGUGGACACGGGGCGCCCAGUGCCUGGGACGUCCACACGCUAUGUGAUGCCAAGUUGUGAGAGUGAAGCCAGAGCCAAGAGUGCCGAGGCGGACGACCCCUUCAAGGACAGGGAGUUGCCAGGCUGUCCCGAAGGCAAGAAGAUGGAAUUUAUUACCAGCCUGCUGGAUGCUCUCACCACAGACAUGGUUCAGGCCAUUAACUCAGCAGCGCCCACUGGAGGUGGGAGGUUCUCAGAGCCAGAUCCCAGUCACACCCUGGAGGAGCGGGUGGCACACUGGUACUUCAGCCAGCUGGAUAGCAACAACAGCGAUGACAUCAACAAGCGGGAGAUGAAGCCCUUCAAGCGCUAUGUCAAGAAGAAAGCCAAGCCCAAGAAAUGUGCCCGGCGGUUCACCGACUACUGUGACCUGAACAAGGACAAGGUCAUCUCCCUGCCCGAGCUGAAGGGCUGCCUGGGUGUUAGCAAAGAAGGUGGUAGCCUUGGCAGCUUCCCCCAGGGAAAACGAGCAGGCACAAACCCUUUCAUUGGACGCCUUGUCUAAGAAGCCGAAAAAUCAAAGGGCCAGUGGAGAGUUCCAGGAGACAGGACCAAGCAUCAGACCUAGCCUUCAGCGCUGCCCACACCCAGCCACAGCCCAUGUAACAUGAGUGGUGCCCGCCAUGUUUGCACUUUUAAUAACUCUUAUGUGUGUGUUUUGUUUCCGGUUUCAUUUGUACACACCACCCAUCUAAUACCACAGCGGGAAGAGGAAAGGGAAGAAAGGCCACUUAUUCUCUCUUUGGUUAAGUUUUUGGAUCUGCUACUGACAACUUUUAGGUUAUUAGGGAGGGGGGUUGUUACUGGGAGUGAGAGGAAAGAGAUUUAUAUACUGUAUAUAAAUAUAUAUGUAAAUUGUA